GAGUCUUCCCAUUGUGCAUAGAAAUUUACCUCCGAUCUAUGUGUCCAUAUUCAAAAAGUAAUUACUCCUCCCUCCGAUUUCUGUACUCAUUCUCUGUUGCCGAUGAAACUUCUCUCUGUAAUUCCAUAGUCUUCCCCUUGUGUUCUGGGCUUUCGUGAUUGAGCUGGGAUUUCACGCCAUUGCGCGGCUGCCCUUGCUUUCUUUUGGAAUAUUUGAGGUGUUGGAAUUCAGAAUGUCGUCUCCAAACAAGCGGAGAGAUAUGGAUGUCAUGAAAUUGAUGAUGAGUGAUUACAAAGUGGAGAUGAUAGACGAUGGGCUCAGUGAAUUUAACGUAGAAUUCAACGGUCCAAAAGAAAGCCUGUAUGAAGGUGGAGUUUGGAAAAUCCACGUCGAACUUCCCGACGCUUAUCCGUACAAGUCUCCUUCCAUUGGGUUUGUGAACAAGAUAUAUCAUCCAAAUGUUGAUGAAUUAUCUGGUUCYGUAUGCUUGGAUGUGAUUAACCAAGCCUGGAGUCCAAUGUUUGACCUAUUGAAUGUUUUUGAAGUUUUCCUUCCACAGCUUUUGCUCUAUCCCAAUCCUUCAGACCCCCUGAAUGGCGAUGCAGCAUCUUUAAUGUUAAAAGAUAGAAACCAGUACGAUCAAAAAGUCAAAGAGUACUGUGAACGCUAUGCGAAACGGGAAAAUGUGGUGACUUCGACUGCGGAAGACGAGAGUGAAGAAGAAGAUGUUUUUGUAAAAGAAAAACAAAAUGGAAUUGGAAGAAGGUCUCAGAUUACCUGGCUUGUGUUUUGUAAUGAAAUGAUAUUGCAGGUUAUUUGGCUAAUUUACAAUUAGGCUCUAACAUUGUGGAUGGUUUUCUUGUUUUGGGGUCAAUCAAUUGAAGCACACAAAUGGAUGGUGUUGAAAUGUUGA